UUGCUUGGCGGCGGUGUGGAAUCCUGAGGGAGCGGCCCUUCCCGGAGCGCUGACAGGCCGCCGCCCGCCCUGAGGGAGAAGCCGGCGCCCCAUGGGGAACGUGGGCAGCCACAGCGAGGGCGAGGAGGAGGAAGAGGAGGAAGCCGCGCAAUCUGCGCGCGGGGCCGCCUCUGCCGCCGCCCCCCUCAGCGAGGGCGCCAUGGACCCCCCGCCGGCCUCCGCCGCCCCGCCGGCCUCCUCCUCCUCGCCCCCGGCCGCCUCCUCCUCCGCGGCCUUCCCGCCGGCCGCCGUGCUGCUGAGCCAGGCGCGGCUGCGCGAGGCGGCGGCGGCCCGGCUGCGCGAGGCGCCCUCGGCCGAGUCGGUGCUCUCCCGCCACCGCGGCGCCCUGGUGCGCUGGCUGGAGGAGCGCCUGGGCCGCGGGGAGCAGGUCGUUAGCCUCGAGCAACUCUGCGAGGCCCUCGAAAGCCGCGCCGGGCCCGCCCAGGGGGGAGCCGGGACGGCCGCCGCCGCGGGAGCCGGGGCCGCCGCCAGUGCAGAAGCCGCCGCCGAGGAGCGAGCGCGGGUCGAGGAGGCCUUUGCUCAGUUUGACACCGAAGGGGAUGGCACCGUGGAUGUGGAGAACAUGCUGGAGAAUCUCAAGACCUCCAGUGGAGCCAAUCUGCAAAGGGAGCUUAGCCAUGUUAUCAGACAGCUGCAGGCUUGUUCACUCGUUCCAGGUUUCAUAGACAUAUUUUCUGAACUGAAGGAGCGCCGUAGUCUUCAUGCUUCCAUGAUUCUGAGAUUCUUGCACCGGAAUCGUAUUGCCAGCUCUGUCAUCCCAUAUCCAGUCUUGGAGUACUUCAACAAUAUUUGCACGAUGCGCUCUUCUGUACUGAAGGAUUCCUUAGACCGGCUCUUCUUAAAAGAAAGCGAAUGCCCUAAUGACUUAAACCGAAGCCAGGAGUUGGACAAACUCAAAUCAGUUUCAAAGUGCUACACUCACAUAGAAACCUCAUCUAACUCAGGUGAUAUUGACAAAAUGACCAAUGGGGAGACGUCCUCUUUCUGGCAGUCAGAUGGGAGCGCUCGUUCACAUUGGAUACGCUUAAAGAUGAAACCUGAUGUCAUUCUGAGGCACCUCUCCAUCGCGGUGGCAGCAAAUGACCAGAGUUACAUGCCGCAGCAAGUCACAGUCGCAGUUGGAAGGACUGCCAGCAAUCUCCAGGAGGUCCGCGAUGUUCACAUUCCAAGCAAUGUCACCGGCUACGUGACAUUGUUGGAAAACGCUAACAUUAGUCAGAUGUAUGUGCAGAUAAACAUCAAGCGUUGCCUUAGCGACGGAUGCGAUACCAGAAUUCACGGGCUCAGAGCUAUCGGCUACCAGAGACUGAGGAAGGGUGGAGUCUCAGUCUGUGAUGCAUCAGCGAUCUGGUACUGGUCGCUCUUGACCUCCUUGGUGACAGCGUCUAUGGAAACGAAUCCAGCACUUGUCCACACCAUCUUGCAAAACACCCAGAAAGCCCUGCAGCAUAUACCGCCACUCUCUCUGUCACCUGGUUCCACAGACUUCUCAAGUUUCUUGUCUCCUAAUGUUUUGGAAGAAGUAGACAGUUUUCUCCUGAGAAUUACCAGUUGUUGUGCUUCUCCAGAGGUAGAGCUCACAUUGUUGGCAUUUGCUCUUGCCAGAGGGAGCAUUGCUAAAGUACUGAGCACGCUUUGUACAAUUUCUGACCAUCUGGAAACUCCGUACAAAGCUGCUUCUCUCAUCGCUUCCAUGGCCACAGUCCGGCAAAACCUGCUGUACAAAUAUGGAACGCCCCUGCGGCUGACUUUGCAAGCCUGUGAUGUCAAAGGAAAGGAGGACAAAUCAGGACCCGAAAACCUCCUCGUGGAGCCUUGGACGGGGGAUGGCUUCCUUACAGAGACCGGAAAGACUCGAGCCAGUGUGAUUCUUUCCACAGGGACUGAAGCUGCCUUCCAGGUCACGCAAAUCAGAAUAAAGGUGCGGAGAGGAGCGAUUGGGGCCCGGUGUGGCUUAGUGUUUGCUUACAACUGUUCUCAAGAAAAAUUUCAUGCAGAGGAGCAUUUUAAAAGAUUUGAAAGCUAUGACAAAUGGAAACUAGAAGAUUUCCGGCAGUUUUUGAAAAUCAGGAGUGGCACCUCUCGUGAUGAGCUGGGAGAGGAGGAUCCUGUUGGCUGGUUUGAAAUGGAAGAGGAAUGGGAUGAAGUGGAAGUCAAAAUGCAGCAGUGCAGAAUUUCCCAAUACCUGAUGGUGAAGUUCCUGUGCACAAGGCAAGACAAAGCCGAGAGACUUGGGGUGCAAGGCUUGAGCCUCUUUGGGUACAUCCGGCCUGCAUCGACAGAACCCAGCAGAACCAUGAGUUGUAUGAAGUGCGGCAAAACAAAUGGAGGUGCCGUUUGUGGAACAACUCUUCUCCUGAAGACUCUGUGUUUCACCCAGCAGCUUGCUCAGGAUUUGGUGCAGAAGAAAGAGAGUGGUCUAAGGUACAGAUCAUACCUGGAUUUUGGAGGCCUUGAUUUAAAGCUGUUUUGGAAUUUCUACAGCAGACUUCACCAAAACCCACGAGAAGAGUGCAUUGAGGCCCAAACCAUGAUACUGCGGCUUCUCCAGAGCUGCUUCUCAGUGCUCACUACAGACAAUAAAACCACAAACACUCAGGAAAACGAACAGAGCCAAAAGCCUGACAACAUGGAAGCGGCUCAGGAUCUCUACAAGCAUCUCUGUGAAGUCGUAGACGGGAGAGAGAGUGAGUCCACGCCGUUAAAGACCUUGAAGCAGGAAGUCAACAACACAUUAGUCAACGGCGCAGCCAUCUUUUUCCCUGAGAGGCUUACCCGACGGGAGCAGCUCUUUGCCAUGAUGAAAAACAUUACAGAGCAGGAACACAAACCAUCUGUCCAUCUUGCUUUCAAAUCCCUCUGCACAUAUUUCAGCGAUCAGGAUCCUGGUGGGCUUUUGCUCUUACCAGAGAAAGGAACUUCUGCAAACCUGGAUGUUGAUCAAGUGCUGUCGGUGAUGGAAACACUCUUGUUGGUGGCUUCAAGAGAGUGUGAAAUGUUGAUGCUUGGUGUCGCCCAGCCAGACAGCAGUUCCGUGCUCUCGUCGUUAUUCUGGUCUGUACAGGGCAGCCUCCUUUCCUGGUGCUACUUGCAGCUUAAGGGGAACGACUCAGCCUCAAAGAACCUUGCCACAGAAGUACUUACAAAAUAUGUACAGUUGUUCCUGUCAAGCAUCAGGAAAGUUUUUGAAUCUCUCCUGGCCCAGCAGAGUGGAAAAAUCAUAGUGGAAAAAUUAAGCAACUCUGUCUUUGCUAUGGUAACCCGCCAGCUGAUGACCGUCCUUCAGGACUUCUGCACUUUAGAUAUUCCACACUGUGCCCUUCUGCAGAAUAUCAGCAUCUUGACAAAACUACUGAAUGGCCUGUUGAUGGAGACUGUAGAGAAUACGGAUAAGGUGGACAUGGAAAACUGGCAGCAAGAACAACCUGUGGUUCUGAGAACGUGGGCUAUGGAGUCGCCCCAUAACUAUGACAAUAACUGCCACGAUGUCACAGUGUUCAUUUGCCCAGAGGCAACUUACUUCGAGGUGGAAUUUAACGAACGAUGUGAAACAGAGAGGAGGUAUGACUAUCUGGAGUUCACUGAUGCCAGAGGAGCAAAAACUCGGUAUGAUUCAAAAGUUGGCACGGACAAGUGGCCCAGGAAAGUGACCUUUAAGGCUGGCCUACGGCUGCAGUUUCUCUUUCACUCUGACAAUAGUAACAAUGAGUGGGGCUACAAGUUCACCGUUGCGGCAUACGGCUUGCCGGACAUUGCCGUUUCUUGGGGCCUGGAUCUGCAACUUCUCGUGGCCAGGCUUAUGGGGCGCUUGGCUUCUCAGAGUAUGGUGCUGAAAUCUGUACAGGGAAAUGAAAGAGAACUGUCUCCUGCAAAAGUGACAGCUAUUCUUAAUUCUCCUCUGUGGAAACCUGUCUUCAGGCAGCAGAUGUGUCCUCCUGAGCAAACUCCAGAAGCAAGUGAGCCCAGCCAAACAAACCACGGAAAUACAGAGGCCUUCAACUCUCAUGUCAGCGACUGUCAUAAAUUUCUCCUUGACUUCGCAAAAUCAGACCCUGCCCAGGAAUUCAGUGGGCAAAAUUCUGAGCUUUUCAAAGGACUCACACAGGCAUGUAAAAAACAGGCCCCCAAGAGUGAUAUAGUUGCUGGUUCCACUGUUGAUCGAGCUGUCAACUCCACAUUUGCUGCUUUGGUGUAUCUCUCUCCAGAUUUGUUUGGGAAGCUGCAAAGAUAUGUCAUCAGUGGCGGCAAAGCACUUUUGAGUGAUGAGUUUGCACAAGUGUAUUCCUUGGCUGAUGGGAUCAGAAUAUGGAUGCUAGAGAUGAAGCAGAAGUCCCUUGUGGACCAAGGAAGUGACAGGGAAGAAAAGCCAGCUGGGGAGGCAAACGAGGUGAACCCAGAAACCCUUGCACAACAGUGCAUUCAGAAGAGCCUGUUACUGCUGAGCUUCCUGCCUGCAAGGACCAAGGCAGAAAGGCAUGACUCUGAUAGCAUGGAGGACUUUGGACAGGGCCACAAAGACAAACGCCGAAGGACAAGCUCUGUAAUUGAAGCCGAUUUUCAGGCUGCAGACGCAACACCUGCCUGCCGAGUGAUGGAUUCUGCUUCCACAGAGGGCAGUCGAGUAGAUUUGAGAAAGCAAGAGCCGGACUCACCACAGGCAGAAAAGGCCUCAGCCUCUCCAAGUAAACUGCUCGACAGCGGUGCCUCAGAGCAAGAAGAUGUUUCAUCCCCUCCCUCCACGCCCACACGCAAGCCCCCAUUUAGUCGUGGAAGACUACGGCUUCUCUCUUUCCGUUCAAUGGAAGAGCCCAAAUCCAUGCCCAGCAUCAAGGAGAGGUAUCCUAUCCUGAAGCACGUCUUAGAUUUCAUAAAGGACCAAUCGCUUUGUCAUGAAAGUGUGCUGGAGGUCCUUGCUUUACGGAAAGCUCAAGCCAAAAGUAUCUUGGAAGGCCUGAAGACAAUACACCGGUGCCUUGAAUCUCUUGGCCAACCUCACUGUUUCCUCCCACCCUGCAUUCUUUUUCUGUUGGAACUCCUGGCUUGCCAAAAAGACUUCUCAAAUUACUUUGGACACCUGGAAGGCUGCGGUGCUGAGCUGCAUCAAGAAAUACGGGAAUCUUACUAUCAGCUGCUUCUCUUUUUGGUUAAUGCUGUGAAAGGAUUUAGCAGCCUCAAUGACAAAUCACUGCUCCCUGCCUUAUCCUAUGUGCAGGCAUCCCUCCUUCACCUCUUGGAUAUGGGUUGGGAGCCACGCGACCUUUCCUUCUUCGUUGAGAUACAGCUGCCACACCUCCUCAUGACCAUGUCUCAGGAAAACAUAAGUACCCACGAUAGCGUCAUUUGUCAGUGGAGCGAAGAAGAUGAAAUCGCAGACUACAGACAGAACUCAGAGUGGAUGGAUGAAUGCCAAGAUGGGGUCUUUGAUGCCUGGUGUGACAAAAUAAGCCAAGCAGAUCCAGAGAAGCAAAGGAAAAUGCACAUGUUCGUUGCCCGCUAUUGUGAUCUGUUGCGUGUUGACAUAUCGUGUGAUGGGUGUGACGAGAUUGCGCCCUGGCACCGUUACCGCUGUUUGCAGUGCAAUGAUAUGGAUCUUUGUAAGACGUGCUUCUUGGGUGGAGUGAAACCCGAAGGUCAUGAGGACAGCCAUGAAAUGGUUAACAUGGAGUAUGCCUGCAAUCAUUGCCAAGGGAUCAUUGUUGGCCAGCGCGUGAACUGUAAUGUGUGCGAAGACUUUGACCUCUGCUUCGGGUGUUACUCUGCCAAGAAGUACUCUGAUAGCCACCUUCCCACCCACAGCAUCACGAUGUAUCCAAUGGUGACCAUUCGAAUCAGUGACCGGCACAGGCUUAUCCAGCCAUACCUCCACAACUACUCCUGGCUGCUUUUUGCCGCUUUGGCUCUCUACAGCGCCGACUUGGGGAGCGGCGAGGAAGUGGAUGGCGAGGCCCUUGACCAGACAGUCGUCUCCCACGCCCAAGUCCUGCAGCAGGAGUGCAUUCGCCUUAUCGGGGAUUGCUUGAUGAAAGCCCAGCAUGGAAAAGGUGUGAAACCUCUCGCUCUGCUCUGCGUGUUCCCAGAAGGUGAAUCUUUGUCUGGAAAGGUGAUGCCAUCUGUUGGUUAUUCCACAGACAGUAGCGUGGAAAGUAAAGAAGCCAAGGACAGCAGUAAGACAGCACCAGCAUCUUUCACCCAUUUCAAUGGAAAUGGAAAUGCUAACGAAAUUCAAGCCUAUGUAGAUCCCAAACAAGAAGACAAGCCAAAAACAGAGAGAGAGCCUUCCAGUGGCCUUCUGCCAAAGAAAGAGGAAGGGUUCCAAGAAAGGGAAGCCCUUGCUUUGAACUCAGACUUGACUGCAAAAGAGAGCGCAUCUCCAGAGCUGCUGGAUGCUGAAGCUGCCAAAGAUCUGCCUUCCAACCCAGCUGAUGAAAAGGCGAUACAAAGCCAAGAACAAGCCUUUGCAGAGUGUUCCCAGAAGAGGAUUCUUGGCUUGCUGGCGGCCAUGUUGCCUCCCUUUAAAUCCGGCUCAACGGCAUCCCUGGUUAACUUGGACCAGAUCCUCCCCCUCAUGUUUCAAGUUGUGAUCUCCAACGCCGGCCAUUUGAACGAAACCUAUCACUUGACCUUGGGGCUCCUGGGCCAGUUGGUUCGGCGGCUGACUCCUGCCGAAGUGGAUGCUGCCGUGACCAAAGUCCUCUCAGCCAAACAUCGCCUUGUCGCUGCUGGAGAUGGCUCCACAGCGCCAGAAGGCUGGAAGACGACCCAUCUCCUUUUCAGCUUGGGGGCCCUCUGCUUAGACAGCCGUGUAGGCCUAGACUGGGCAUGCUCCAUGGCAGAUAUCCUUCGAGCGCUGAAUUCCUCCGCCCAGUGGCAUGGGGUGAUUGCCGCUUUCACAGACCACUGCAUCAAACAGUUGCCCUUCCAGUUGAAACACACCAACAUCUUCACCUUACUCGUACUUGUUGGGUUUCCAGAGGUCCUGUGCAUGGGCACUCGUUCAGUGUACAUGGAUAAUGCUAACGAAGCCCACAACGUGAUCAUCCUCAAGCACUUUACAGAGAAGAACAGGGCGGUGAUUGUGGAUGUCAAAAACCGAAAGAGGAAAUCAGUGAAAGACUACCAGCUGGUUCAGAAGUGUGGCCAAGACAACAGUGAAUCACAGAGCCAGCUGCGCCAGUACCUCCAGCAUUUCGUUUUCAUAACCAGCCAUCUUCUCCAGACAAGUAUUGACAGCAGCUUUGCUGAGGCCGUGGAAGCCUCCUGGGUCUUGUCUCUUGCUCUGAAGGGACUUUAUAGAACACUUAAGACACAUGCCUUCGAAGAAAUCCGCACUGGCUUCCUUCAGACAGGCUUACUUAAGCUGCUGGUGAAGAAGUGCAGCAAAGGAACGGGCUUCAGCAAGACGUGGCUUCUUCGAGACUUAGAGAUCUUAUCAAUCAUGCUUUACUCAUCCAAAAAGGAGAUAAGCUCCCUUGCUGAGCGGAAGGACCCGAGACUGGAAGAAAAGGACGAGGAUCGAAUAGUAGAUCAGUCUGUUGUCACUCCCACUGAGGCAGAUCUGAAUCGGCCUGACCCUCUGGAGGGUUUGGAUGAAGCCACCAAAAUCUGCUUCUUGAUGACACAUGAUGCUCUUGAUGCCCCUUUGCAUAUCCUUCGGGCCAUGUAUGAAUUGCAGAUGAAGAGGACAGAUUCUUUCUUUCUGGAGGUUCAGAAGAGGUUUGAUGGGGAUGUAAUCACCACUGACGAGAGGAUCCGAACCCUGGCUCAGAAAUGGCAGCCUAGCAAACGCUUGCGCUCAGAGGAACAGAGUUCUAAAGCGGUUGAUACCGACAUGAUCAUCUUGCCCUGUUUGUCAAAGCCUGCUCCCAAUGACAAGGCAACUGAAGAGGCCAAUCCCAUCACACAGAAGCUUAUCACCAACACAGAAAGCGAUCUCCAGGUCAGCUAUGCCAAACAGCGCCGCACAAAGAGUUCCAUCUUGCUGCACAAGGAGUUGGACUCCAGGAGCAAGAAAGCCGUGCGGGGCUACCUCUACAGGGUCAACGAGGCGACUGCGGUCCUCUAUGCCAGGCACGUCCUCGCCUUGCUGUUAGCUGAGUGGCCUGACGACACGGCAAUCAGCGAGGAGAUGCUGGAGCUCAGCGGUCCAGCUCACAUGACUUACAUCCUGGACAUGUUGAUGCAGCUGGAGGAGAAACAGCUGUGGGAAAAGAUUCUCCUGAAAGUGCUGCAUGGCUGCAACAAGAGCAUGCUUGCAACGAUGGCACUCACAGCCUGCCAGUUCAUGGAGGAGCCUGGGAUGGCCGUCCAAGUGCGCGAGUCCAAACAUCCCUACAACAAUAAUACAAAUUUUGAGGAUAAGGUUCACAUCCCUGGUGCUAUCUACCUUUCCAUCAAGUUUGAUCCCCAAUGUAACACCGAAGAGGGGUGCGACGAACUGCUCAUCUCCAGCAGCAGCGACCUGCAGCUUGAUCGGCACAGCUUCAGCGGACCCCCACAUAAGUGGACCGACUUUGAGCUCCCAGGAGAUACAUUGCACUAUCGAUUUACGUCUGACAUGAGCAACACUGAAUGGGGCUACAAGUUCACAGUGACGGCAGGUCACCUGGGGAGGUUUCAAACAGGGUUCGAGAUCCUGAAACAGAUGCUGUCCGAGGAAAGGGUGGUCCCUCAUAUUCCAUUGGCCAAAGUCUGGGAGUGGCAGGUGGGCGUGGCCUGCCGACAAACGGGUCACCAGCGAUUGAAAGCCAUCCACUUGCUCCUGAAGAUAGUUCAGUGCUGCAGCCAAGGGGACUGUGACCUCACGUUACUGAAGCCACUGUGGCAACUUUUCACCCGCAUGGAGAACAAUCUGCACCUUGACGUGACCAAGCCGGGAAUCCUCCUCCCACUUCACCGGGCACUGACUGAACUUUUCUUUGUUACUGAGAACAAAGUCAGUGAACUUGGAUCUCUGCAGGAAUACUUGCUUGCCUUAAAUACAGAAGACCAUCUUCACCGCUGUACAGCACAGGCCCUGAAAAACAUUGCUGCUAUUAGCCUUGCUAUUAACUAUCCCAACAAAUCAACAAGUCUCUGGAACGUUUAAUGAGCGGCCUUGUGGUUUUGGGAUAGGAUAGGUUUUGUCCACAGGAACCUUGGCGCAAGCAUCUGAGCUUGUUUCAGGCACAGGAGAAUGGACGAGAGAGAGAGAGAGAGAGAGAGAGAGAGGGUCCCUCUGCUUCAGUGUAUGUGCACAACGCAGCCACCCCCCACCCACCCACCCCAGUGUAGAUUCUGUCAAAGCAGCGCACUUCUGAGGAAAAACGGGGCACACUCUCUCCGGAGCAUCCUGUGUCGCCUACAGCUAUGUAUGCACUUCUAUUGUAGCAUGUCUGUUGGAACAGUAUUUACUUCCUUUAAAUUUUCAAAAUAAGUGGGGCGGGGGGAAUGAGUGAGACGAAGAGGUGAAGUUUCUCCCUCCCAGAAGGAGAGGAAUGCAGACCCCCUUCCAGGCAUCCCUCCAACUCUGCUGGACUAUCUCCCAUCGGUAAAACUGGACAGUUAACUGGAAGUGAGCCGCCGGAAGUGUCUUUCUUCGCCUGCGCAGGUCCUGCCGUGAUGCCUGCUUCGCUCAGGGCUCAAGAAGGGGCAGAGGAAGAUUGCGGGGCAGGGGUGCCCAGCAAGGGUGGAAAGGGCACCUGCUCCGGCAUUGCUGUGUCACUUCCCAUCUAUUAUGAAAAAUAGUUUCCUCCCCAGCAGCAGCCAGCUACAGUCCCUUUAAAACGAGUUAAACUUAAAAUCUUGGAGUUCUAGCGUCCAAAGAGGUUGCCUCCCUUGAUGUGAGACUGUUGCUAAACAACAAACUUGUGCAGAUCACUGCACAAGUUUCUUUUUUGUAAGAUGCUGCCCUCAUGGCCCACACACAUCCUGCAGGUUGCUCAUGUUGGGGAAAGGUCAAGGAUGCUUCUCAGCAAGGUUGCCUCAAGGAAGAAGAUGCUGGUUGAAUCCGAAGACUCGACUUCAGAGUGGCGGCUAGUGACUCCCCUGACUCUCUUCAUUUCGCAAUAACUGGGUAGCUCUUGCACAAGAUGGAGUCUGUGCAAAGAUCUAUUGAAUCUAAAUGAAUUGGCUUUAAUCUAUUGGGGGAGAGAGGGGCGGGAAUUUUGCCCCCUUUCCAGAGGUGAACAUCCAGAAGGGCAUGGCAUUUUCAUGUGCCUGGAAAAUAGAAACGGACGUCCACGUUCGGCUCCUGAGUCGCUCUUUCUCACAUCCCAAGUUUGCAGGACUUGCACACUUGAAUGCUUUUCAGAAUUUGAAUUCCAAGGAAAGGGGCACAGGCAAAUCGAGGCAGUGAGGAACUGCCAUCAGCACAGUCAGAUGGGAAUAGGUUUUCCCAGGAGGAGGAUUUGUCCAAGAGGGAUAGUUCUUGUAACAUUCCGAUUGCACAAGAAAAGCCUGAUUUUGGGGAAUGGCUCUGGUAGAGGGAGGAGCAUUUUUGAAAAGAGGUGGGAAGAAGGGAUAUGGUCAGUCUGGUGCUGUGAAGCCCUUGCAGUUGCAGUGUCUGCCGACAGCAUCUCGUCUCCCAGGUUUCAGUGAGCGAACAGAAGAGGCGAACAGGGCCAAAAGUAGAAAAGCAGAGAGGAUUCAGGGAAGAACAGGUUCCUUGUUUAAGGCUACUUAGGAGCAUGGCUGCAUUAAAAACAGAAGCUGAUACUGACUUGGGUAACACAAAAUACGACGGUUAGGAGGGAUGGUCCUUCUAAUGGAGGAGUAUUUCUGCUCCGCUGCCUCGCUACCCUCUGGGGUGGGGUGGGCAGAUGGUAAAGCUUGCUUUGGGAUGCAUCUCAGGUUGCUGUUGCACUCUCACCCUGUUGCCAGGUUUUCUUUUCAAAGCAUGGAGGUGUUCCCUGUUUAAGAGCAUAGUGAUCUUGUCUUCCUUUAACACAUGGGGGUGCACAGAGAAGGACCGGGUACGGUAGAGCCAGGUGUUCUUGUUUUUUUUCUGAAGCCCCCCCCCCCUUCCAUGCAUGUUGCUUCACAAGGGGCCCACUGUUGGAACUGUGUGUUGACAGUACUUCAAGUUAACAAUUUGCUGAAGGAAAGAUGCUGCCGCAGUCUCCAUUCAUUCCUCUUCCCAUCCCUUAAUAAUUCUUCAGGAUCACUGAUCACACCACUGCAGUUCUCCCAUGUCCUCUUCCCGGCCCCAACCAUUUCUGUUUGGCUCAUGUGUUUCUUUUUCUAGGUAGUCAUAUGCAUAACAAUCUCAAAAGAAUCACACAGGAUAGCCCAUAGUGCAGACUGCUUAUCUUGAACUGUUAUUCUGAAGCCAGUAAAGAGGAGUCCCUCCCCUUAUUUCAAUCCUCCCCCCCCCCAAUGUGGCGCUUUGGUGGUCCAAAGCAGGCAGUGAUGUCUUCUAUCACCUUGCCUAUAAGGGGCAACGAACUUGUAAGAAGGUUUUCCUGUUAGCUGGAAAUGGAAGUGGGAACGUGCAGGGUACACAUGGAAUUUGGUAUUUCUCAUAAACACUUCUUCUGAGUUCCUUAGUAGAUUCAUUUAAACACAGAAACUGAGAUUCGAACUGUAUACAUCUGGGGGUAGGGGAGAAAUGUGCCUAUAAUGAAAACUGCAUAUAUUGAAAUCUGAUAACGAUGUAUUAAGAAACCACCAUCCUGAUAUAACUUUUACUUUCAAUAUAAACACUUUUUAAAAAAUGGUGGCUUUUAAUUUUCUUACGGGUUUUUUUUUUGACUUCACAAACCUUUUGUGUGUGUGUGUGUGUGUUUAACAUCAUUAAAACCAGUCCCUUAAAUUGA